ACGUAGUGUGCUGUGGAAUUAAGUUGUGUUGGAAGAAUGAGAGAGAUAGCAGGGUUGGGUGGGUGAAUUCCCGUUAGCUUUGGCAGGCCCUCGGAAGCCUCGUGUCGCAGAUUUAAUGGUGUGUGACCGUGCACCCUGACCUUUCCCAUCCCUGCCCUGCUCCUCCUCCCUUGGCGCCUCGUGAUCAGCAGGAGGAGGAGGAGGAGGAGGAGCCAAUCUCGAUCCCCUCGAGGUAGAAGAAACGGAACCCCCUGGGAGUGGGUUGGAACAGGAAGAGCAACUGCAGCAACAGCAACCGCAGCAGUAGAAGAGAUCAUUGCCGGCCCAACUUGUCCUCGUUAUGCUAUGUCUGCGUCCAUCUCCUCCUCCAAUCCAUUCUGUCUUUAUGUUUCUUUUUCUGAUGGUUUUGCUUUGGCAGCGAUCUCAAGGAGUUGUGGAGCCAAAAAGGAAAAGGGAAAGGUAGGCAGAGCAGAGCCAUUUCCUUUGAUCCCCCUCGAUCCCGUCUUCUUCUCUCUAAAGCUUCUUUUGGUCACCCGGGAAUCUCCCUCCCCUCCCUCCUUGCAUGGUUCGUCGCUUGCUUCGUUGCUUCAAGGAUGUUAUACCUGUUGUUUGGUUCCUGCUGAUGUUCACGUUUGUAGCAUCUGUGCUUAGGGUCUUUGACGAGGGAUUCUUGAGAUCGGAAGGAGGGUUUGUGCUACGAUGACGACGACGAUGUUGUUGUUUGAUUCCUGUUGAUGUUCACGUUUGUAGCAUAUGUGCUUAGGGUCUUUGACGAGGGAUUCUUGAGAUCGGAAGAAGCGUUUGUGCUACGAUGACGACGACGAUGGUGGUGGCGUCGCGGAGAGGAGACUUGAACCUAAACCACGCGCCGCUGCCGGACUACGAGGAGCAUGUGAAGGAGGGACUCAAGCAAGCCAUGGUUGAGCACGACACCCUCUUCAAGCAUCAGGUGCGGGAACUCCAUCGCUUGUAUUGGACGCAGAAGAAAAUGAUGAACGAGGCUUGCUGGAGACGAUCUGAUUUGGUAUCGCCUCGUGAGGCACGAGUCGGAUGGAAGUUACUGGGAGAGAAGAAAACCGGCGACGUGCCAUCUCGCUGGCUCACGGUGAAUUCGAUGGAGAUGCGGAACACCACAACAGAAUUUAAUGCUAAUGAUAGGAGCUACAGUCUUCAGCUUCCAGCUAAUGUCAAUAGUUCAUCUGGCAUCAAACCUCUGGCAAAUAAUGCUGCAAAUAGGAGUCUUUCUCAAAUUUCUGCUUCAUCUGACUUUUGUUCGGUAGCUGCAAUGCAGAGUGAAUCUGGUCAUAGGCGGACAGAGAGGUUUUCCCAUGCAGAGCCUCAGACUGUAAGAUGGCAAGAGGCGAGCUUCCUCUACCCAGAUGGAUUAGAAGAAUAUGGAGGCUCUCUCUCUGCCAAUUUCCCCACCAAGAAUCAAUGGCCACAACACAAACUUAUGCACAUUGACCUGAACAUAGCUCAAGACAGUGAAUCUAUAAAUGUUUUUCCAAAUACUGCAGAAACAUUUUAUUCUCCAUCAACAAGUUCAUCAGUUGUUCACUAUGGAGAUAAUCUUAGAGUAUCAAAUGAUAAAUACUCAAAAGAAUCUGAAGCAAGCAAUGAGAGCACAAAAGAAUCCACUGUCACAAAUCAACCUGGUGUCAUAUCUCCCAGUUCAGAAAAUUCAAGGGAGAAGAGUGCUGAUUCAUUGCCUCAUGACCCUAAAGAUUCCGAUACUUCCUCAGUACAAGCUUCCGGACAGAGCAGCAAUUUUAUGAGGAAGAACUGGGACCAUAAAGGAUAUAUUGUGGAAAAUGAAGUCUGCAGAUCUGGCAUCAGGAUCUCUGAAGAAUGUAGCAAAAAUUUAGUGGAAAGAUUUUCUAGCGCCUAUGAUGAGCAAGCUCAUGGUGGUACAAAUGGAACAGUUCUAGCAGACUUCCAAAAACCUGGAAUCGAAAAAAUUGGCUCAUCAGUUGGUGAGCCAAAUUUUGCUGUACAGAGUGAUGACAGAAAUAAUGUUCCAAUUUUCAGAGUUCACGAGGAACACGAUUGCUUGCAUAAAUCAUCUGGGAAGACCAAUCUGCCACCAAAAACAACUGGAGAUUUGGAAGAGAAAGAAACAAAUGCUGAAGGGAGUGAAGAUACCAUAUCAAGUCAUGUCACAAUGCCAGAUGAAAAGCAAAAAGAUGAGCUUAUGGAGUAUACUAUCGGCAUUAAGCUAAAUCGGUUAACUAGACACAGUGAAUGUACCUCAAAGAAGAAAAGUAUGGAAGAUCAUACAGUUAUCUCCAGUUCCAAGGAUUUUGGGACUACUCACUCAUGUUCAGUGAUGCCUGAAAAGAUUUGUCACAAACAGAUUCCAAAUGUUGUAGAUUCUGACUACAUCUGCACACAGGAUAGACCGUGCAGUUCUGAUGCAUCACAGCCUAGAGAUGAUAUGGAACAGCAGCUAGCCAAAAUAGAGCAAGAUAAUAUUAUUAUCAAGGCAGCUGAGAUACUUCUAUCUGUUUCUUCAGAGAAGCCAUUGUGUUCAAUGGAUCCAUUGGCUACUGAUGGGCAGAUGGAAUUAAAAUGUGAAGAAGGCAAUGAUCAGCCUCAGUCUUCUAAUUCUUUUGAGACAAUAACUCUGAAGCUACAGGAGAUCAGAGAUAAUGGAAGUUCCAUCUGUGCUAGCCAAAUUGAGAGUGAGCCUAGGAAGGAUGGAUGCGGCUUUAGACCACGUAGGGGAAGGCGGGAUUUCCAGAAGGAUAUAUUGCCAGGGAUUAUCUCUCUUUCAAGGCAUGAAAUCUGUGAAGAUCUUUAUGCAAUCCAGUAUGACCUUAGGAAGAAAUCUAAAUCAACCUGUGAGAAGAAUUGGUUAGUUCCUGUUAGACGUAGGCGCUCAAGGCGACAUGGUCAAUAAUAGCUGCUAAGAGUUUCAGGGAAUUUAGAUUUUGAAUUCAAAAUUAUAAACUGAAUUUCUGUAAAAUAUAGUGUUUAGAUUAUGCCUAGCGUAUGUAAGUAUCAUAUCAGUUUUUGGAUUAUUGCAUUUGCUCUGAUUCACUCUCAUUGAAGACUGUUGCAAGCAAAGCUGGAAUAUGUGUGCUUUCAUCAAAA